CCGGCCCCCCAUUUGGGGGGCUCACCUACAUAUAUACCGCUGUUUCGAAUCGCUCCGGAUCACUUUGACCACUCGCUGACUAGCGUUGAAUAGCCCUUUCCCCUUUUUUGACAGACGGUCUCCAAAUCGUGGUCGAAAAUAUAAAUUUUAAAAGCGGUUUUUACAACGUCGGUCGUUCAGCAGUGAAAAUAUACAUUUUCAGGCUGAUCUUUGCGAGUUUUUGAGUUUUUUCUAACUGCCCGUUGAAAUCUCCGAGUGUUAUUGAAGAAAAUGGCGGCUGUAGCAGCGGCUCAGAAAAAUCGCGAAAUGUUCGCUAUCAAGAAAUCUUACAGCAUCGAGAAUGGCUACCCUGCAAGGAGGCGUUCUCUUGUUGAUGAUGCUAGAUUCGAAACAUUGGUGGUUAAACAAACAAAACAAACCGUUUUGGAUGAAGCUCGCCAACGGGCAAAUGACACCUUAGAACCAGAAAUAGAUGAUACGCCAACUCAAAAACCAGAGCAACAAAAUGGUAGCGAAGAAGAUACGGGCCUGACAGAAGAAGAAAUCGUCCUAGCCAACGCAAUAUCCGAUGGACCCGAAGCAGAAAGGGCCAUCCAGAAGGCUGCCCUAAUUCUUCGCUUGCGUGAAGGUAUGAACUCACUUUCACGCGUACUCAAGGCCGUUGAAAAGUACCAAGGAUCCGUUCUUCACUUGGAAACUCGUCCCAACAAAAGAGACAACGGCCAACUUGAUGCUCUGAUUAAGAUCGCAUUGACGCGCGUCAAUCUAUUGCAACUCAUUAAAGGUCUACGUCAGUCUGGUACAUUGGAACAUGCUACCUUGAUUGGAGAAGAUAACAUUUCAGCUAAGAACCCGUGGUUCCCCAGACACGCUAGUGAAUUGGAUAAUUGUAAUCAUUUGAUGACCAAAUACGAGCCCGAUCUGGAUAUGAAUCAUCCUGGUUUUGCCGAUAAAGAAUACAGAUCUAGAAGGAAGGAUAUUGCAGAAAUUGCUUUUGCUUACAAAUAUGGAGCACCAGUUCCACACAUCGAAUACACUGAAACAGAAAACAAAACCUGGAAUGCGGUUUUCACCACAGUCUGCGACUUGAUGCCCAAACACGCGUGCGCUGAAUACAGAACAGUCUUUAGGAUACUUCAAGAAGAAGGAAUAUUCACACCUCACACAGUGCCCCAACUCGAGGAUAUGUCUAAAUUUAUGCAAAAAUGUACAGGAUUCACUCUCAGACCUGCCGCUGGUUUACUUACGGCCAGAGACUUUUUGGCUUCACUCGCAUUUAGAAUUUUCCAAAGUACACAAUAUGUUAGACACACCAAAACACCAUUCCAUACUCCAGAACCAGACUGCAUCCAUGAAAUCCUAGGACACAUGCCACUUCUUGCCGAUCCCAGUUUUGCUCAAUUUUCACAGGAAAUAGGUCUGGCUUCGCUUGGCGCGUCUGACGAAGAAAUCGAAAAACUAUCAACUAUUUACUGGUUCACUGUUGAAUUCGGUCUCUGCAAGGAAAACGGCGAAACCAAAGUAUACGGUGCAGGUCUUCUCAGUGCAUACGGUGAACUCCUUCACGCUCUUUCAGACAAACCAGAACACAGGCCAUUCGACCCUGCCAGAACUGCUCUUCAACCAUACCAAGACCAGGAGUACCAACCUGUCUACUACGUAGCCGAGAGCAUCGAUGACAUGAAAGACAAAUUCAGAAGAUGGGUAUCCCAAAUGUCAAGACCUUUCGAAGUCAGAUUCAAUCCGCACACAGCCAGAGUUGAGGUACUCGACUCAGUAGAUAAAUUGGAAUCCGUCGCCCACCAGUUGAACACAGAAAUAAUGCACCUUACGAAUGCUAUAAACAAGAUGAAGGCACCCUCUCUUUAAAUUUGUAGGUUAGGUUAAGAUUUGGUGGAAUGGAUUUGACUCGAUUUUUAUAUCGAUUAUUAUACGGAAAAUUUGAUAUUUUUUAGUAAAAGUUCCAUCCUGUUUAAAAUAUACACUUGCAAUGUUGCAGGUAUUUCCUAAGAGAUUCAAUGCAAUUUUCUAUUUUCCUAGUAUUUAGUUCCUUAUUGUCAAACUACUUAUUUCCCAGUAGAAUUACGAAUUUUAAACAUAAAUUUUCGUUGUUGCCUGUACUAUGAACAAUUGUUGAAAUCUUUUAUUAAUUUAAUUUUAAUUAUUUCUUAUUUAAAUCUUUUCUUCCUUAUUUAUUGACUCUAUUUAUCGCUUUAAUUUCUAAAAAUUUAUUUAAAAUAAUGUUCAUGGUCCAGGAAUUGACGGAUAUUUAUGCGAUGUCAAAUUUUCCUUAUUGUGACCGAUUAAUUGUUAUUUAUAUUGCUUGAUAUUUUCACCAAAUCUAUGCUUAUUCCUAGGGCCAAUUUCUUUGAUUCAAGCAAUCACUGAAUACUAUUUAACGUGUGUAUAAAGUCGUUUACGUGUAAAAUAUGUUAUAAGAAUGACAUCAACUAAAAAAUGGAACUAAUCCAAAAUGAACAAAUAUCUACAACUAUUUAUAUGGAAAAAAUAAUUUAUCUAUUUAUAUUUGCCAUUUUUUUAGUUGAUCGAUUUCUACAAAUCUAUAGUAUUAGUAGUGAGUGUAGCUUUGUGAUUUCACAAUAAGUGCACCACAUUUAUCUGCGAUAAAAAUUUUUUGUUGUCUAGGGUAGACAUGCUGUAUUAUUUUUUUAUUAUUAUUGUAUUUGUGUAAAAGAUAUGUUCUGCAAUAUUAUUUAAUUUAAUUUAAUGCACCUGCACGAGAAUAUUAAUUUAAUGUAUGAUAGAUGUAUAUGAAAUAUACCUUUAAAUAAAACCGUGCAAAUAUUA